UGUGACGCUUGCCAGGCCAAUUUCAACUCGACCAUGCAGCCCGCACCAUCGACUCCCCCGACCACCGCGCGGACGUUCGCAGACAAGGUGCUGGAAAUGUUCAUGACCGCGCCACAGAUCACGGCCCGCGGCGUGCGCAUUCCCAGCGACAUGAGCGCACGCGCACACACGACUGGAUCGUGGGCCCACAUCUCGGAGUUUCCCGUCGUUCGACCGACGCUCCCGUUGAAGGCAGCCUAGGGCAGCCGGCGCUGCGUACCGUCGCCGCCCACCGCGCAUGUCUCAUGAAGGUCGUGUGUCCCAAGUGAAGCGUACGAAGGCGAACGGCAUCGCCACUUCAACUUGAUAUAUAAUUAUAAUACAUAUGUACUCGAUCGGGCUAUCGCUGUCGCCCUUUUGUCGAUA